AUGCCUCGCGCGCGGGGACCGAAGGUCCCCGUCAGCGCCGCGGCGCUCUCCGACGCGCUCGGGGACGCGUGCGAGAUCGUCUCCACGUGGAGGGACGAUCUCCUCGUCUCCGACGCCGCGUGCGGGACCGCCCCGGUCGAGGCGCGGAACGCGAGGUGCGCGCGCGGACGGACGGAGUCGGCACACCACACUCGAGUCGAUCGACCGCGUUUCAAAUCGCUCGCACCCUUCCCCGCGUCUUCUCCGCGUCUCGCCGCCCAUCGCUCAUCGCCCAUCGCUCAUCCUCCCCAACUCCGUCGUCCGCGUCGUCGCAGGUUGCAGUCGUACGAGACGCGCGCGGCGGGGACGCAGACGACGGACCCCGCGAGCGCGCGAGCCUCGGACGCGCGCGCGUCCGAGGACGAAAACCUCGCGCGAUUCGUUCGCGCGGUGACGCCGUCGAUGGAGGAAGCGCUCCGAGAGAACGCCGCGAGCGAGACGUUCGCGGAGGAUUUCUACGAGAGCGCGCUCGGCGGCGACGACGACGACCCGUUCGACGCCGCGGGCGCGGAGUGCGUGCACACGCUCCGGCCGCGGCCGACGCCGACGGACGGCGCCGAAGACGCCGACGACGCCGACGCGAAAUUUUGGCGGCGGCUGAAGCCGACGGGCGUCUCGUGGAACUGUAACGGCUACUCCCUCGCCGUUUCGUACGGCCGCUUCGACGUCACCGGCUGGUGCGACACCCCCGGCGCGGUGUGCGUCUGGAACCUCCGCCGCGCGGACGUGCGCGCGGACAGACCAGAUUUCACGAUCGAGCACGACGUCGCGAUCCAGGUGCGCGCGUUCUGUACACUGUGCGUCGCGUUUCACCCGACGCGUCCCGCGACGCUCGCGUGCGGGUCCUUCGACGGCGACGUCUCCGUGCACGACCUCAGCGCCGAGGACGGCCCGAGAUGCAUCGCGCGCAGCGGCGGAAACUCGGACGCGAUGCACAGGGAGCCGGUAACGGCUGUGUCGUGGCGGUUUAACCUCGCGGAGGCGUCGAAGACGAGCGAGAAGGACCGCGCGUACGACGUCGUCACCGCGGGGACGGACGGGCGGGUGUUCGCGUGGAACGUCGGGCGCAUGGAGACGCCCGCGUACGGGUACGAGUUGCGCGCGGCGAACGCGCGGAGCCAGGGGCGGGUCGUCACGUGGGGGGUCUCGUGCGUCGAUUUCGGUGGAGGUGAAACGCACGACCCCGGGGCGUUUCUCGCCGGCGGCGACGGCGGCGGCGUGUUCAGAUGCGCGACGCACGACACCCCCGCGUCGCGCGCGGAGUUCCACGCGUCCGUCGCCGGCGGCGCGCUCCCGAACCUGCGGUCGCCGAUCAAGCACGAGCACGACGCGCACGCGGGGGCGGUGCACGGCGUGCGGCGGUGCCCGCGCGACGGCAAGCUGUUCGCCACCGCGGGCGCGGACGGCGCGUUGCGGGUGUACGCCAGGCGCGCGUCUUCGCCGCUGUUGACGUUGAGGCGCGUUCUAUCUCACGCCGGUCCCCACACGACCGCGUCGGCGUGGCCGUCGAAGGGCGCGCUCUUCGGGCUCGACUGGUCGCCGCACCGGCCGCUGUUGCUCGCGGUCGGCACCUCCGACGGCGACGUCGUGUUGUACGACCUGUCUCGUUGCGGCGCGGGGGACGCGUCGCAGCCGUUGACGUCGUUUCGAGCGACGGAACCCUCGGACGGCGGCGCGGCGCGAGGGGGCGGCGGCGUCGGCGCGACGCAGGCGCUCGCGUUUAACCCGGCGUUGCCGGAGUAUCUCGCGAGCGCGGACGGCGACGGCGUGCGGGUGUGGGAGUUGGGGGUGGGGUUGAGGAGCGAGCGCGCGGGGGAGAGGAAGGCGCUGGGGAGGUUAGCCGCGAGCGAUACGUCCGCGGACGCCGCGAGAGCGUUGCGGCGGCGGUAG